CCGUGCCGUGCCGUGCCGGGGGAGCAGCGGGCGGUGCCGGGGCCCGGUCCCGCCGCGCAGAGGCGGAAGUGGCGGCGCCGAGGCCGGUGGCGGCGGUGGCUGAAGGGUGCAGAAGAUGGCAGGCAGCUCUGCUCCUUGGAUUGGCAGUGCUUACCUCUUCCUCCAGUCCACCUGCAAGACCAUUGUUCUGCCUUCUCUCUACGAAAGCUCCCAGAAGAAACCCAGUGUGUUCAAGGCACUGAAGCUGGCAUUAGCAGACUCCACGGGCAGUGUGAAUGGUGUGGACAUGCUCAAGGUGCACUGCAGCCACCCACACCUCAUCAUCCAGCUGAAGUUCUGCAAGCAGGAGAACUGCCGACGGUUCCUGCGGAGCUACCGGGAAGGAGCGCUCCAGGAGGCCCUCCAGAAUCACCUCCAGCUCUCCCUGGCCAUGACCACAGUGCCUCUUGAAAUGGAGCUGAAGGCUGGCAACGAGCACCUGGACAACAUGCUGAAGGAUGAGGAUCGCUGCCUGGAGUGCAUCUACAGGGAAAAGCCCGACCGCCUGCGGGAUGAGGAAAUCACAGAGCUGGAGGAAUGUCUCCAGAGCCUGAUUGUUCACCAGAGCAUCAACAACAAUGUGGCUGUAAAGGACUGUGAGUCUCUGAACUCCCCAUCUCUACCUCAUCCUGCUCAAGGCAGCUCCCUUUCCCCACAAGCCACCUUCAUCUUUCAGGGACAGCAGUUUGCCAACAGAACCCUGUCACCAGACGACCACCAGAAGUUUGCCAAGCUGGUGUCCAAGAAAUGGAAGCAAGUGGGUCGCUCUUUGCAGAAGAACUGCCGGGCCCUGCGAGAUCCUGUCAUUGAUAACCUGGCCCUGGAGUAUGACCGAGAGGGACUGUAUGAACAAGCCUAUCAGAUGCUUCUCAGAUUCAUCCAGUCAGAGGGGAAGAAGGCCACAAUAGCCCGGCUCAUCGCAGCCCUGGAAGAAAAUGGUCUCAUCAGCUUGGCUGAGGAGCUCUUGGACCUUCAUUCCAACGAGGACUGCUCCUAGAGGCCGAAGGGUAGUGGCAUUGCUAAGGGCUUUCUUGCUUCAGCUAGUGUGUGAGACUGCUGCCAGUGCCUGGGAAUGCAAAACCCUGAAAAUCAUGGCAGGUUUCCAUGUAAAUGGGAAUGCCCAGGGGAGAGCUUCUGUGCUGACAGAAGCAGCAGGGACCUCUGAUGUUCCUUAUUUCACUCUCUUUCCAGAAGUCAACGUUACCUUCCCAUGAACUGGUGAGAGAGGCUUUCAGCCUGACUUCCUUCAGGACUGAAAUGCCACAGGGGAGCAGCCACUUACAGAGCCCUAGGGGGAGUGAAGGAGAGGAGAAAAGCAAGGAAGGCCUCUUGGAGAAUUUCUCUGGGAAGCAGACAAUGCCACUGCUUCUCAGGCUGUGGCCCAGGGCCAGCACCUGGAGAGCUGGAGUAUAGUUUUUAUAUAUGAAGACAUUUACACCCCCCAGGCAUGACAUCAAGCAAAGACAGAGGGGAAAUUAAGGAAAAGUAAAUUUAUAUUAUUUUCCUUCCUUCUUCAAACAAGGAAUAUCUGUGGCACAUGCAUCUGUCCUGCCCUACUCUCAUAUAGCUCCUGCCCACCUCUCACCACCCGGGGGUUUCCCAUUUACCUGGGACAGUCAUCAUCUUCCAGAUGGCACAAGAUUGCUGCUGUAGCACAAAUUUCAGGCACUGAGCAAGCAAUAUGGACAAACACAAAUUCAGAGAAUGAUUCCCAGCUUUUUCUGGACCAUGGUGGACAAUUAAAUAUUGACUACAUCACACUGAGCUCUUUCCCACCAACCCGAGGGAGCCUGCACCUGUGAAAAGCAGAACAUGGUGCUGGAAAGAAAAUAGUCUCCUAGUCAGCAAGCUCCCUAUGGAGCACAGAGGUGCUCCAAGGUGUGUGUCAGUAUCAAAAACCAUCCUGACUGCAGCCCACAGAGCUGAGCAGUUGCCUCUGACCAGCUGGCUCCUAGUGCCUUUGCUCUCUUCUCAAUCACCUGCUGCUUUCACCAGCGAGGACAGCUCAGGCCAUUGUGUCCCACAGGAGCUGGGACUUGCACAGAGCCUGGUGGUGUUGUCACUGUGUGACAAUUGGGCAUCAGCUGCUGUGCCUGGAUUUACCUGCCCUGAUUUUGAGGGUUAAAAAUGGCUUAAAGGACAAAGCACUCACCCCCCAGGGCUGGCUCCUGCUUUCAGUUCUGGUGGGAGAAGCUGGCACCCCUGGUAUGGUUGAUGCAGACUGCAAGAGAGCAGAGUUGACACCUUUGUCCAGAACAAAGCAACAAGUAUCUAGCAUGACUUGGGUCCUGUGGAGCACAACAGCAGCUUGAUUACCUUUGACAUACUCCUUACACUUUCCUGAUAGGUUUUUUACUUCUCCUUUGCCAUUAAUUCUCUCCCUCUUUGUCCUUCCUGUCAGUGGGAAUAAUCAGAUGCAGAAAUUAUUCAGAAAUAAUGGACAUUAUUUCAGGUGCAGGGGGUGGCUCUGCCAGCACUUAAAGCCUACGUGUGCACACCAGCAUGGGGCCAGGGGCAGUCAGGGCAGGACCAGCUUUCAGAGAGACAAGCCCUGAUGGCCUUUUAAACCACAACUCACAUCUUUAUCCCUCCUGAGUCGAAGCAGGAACUCUGUAGGCAGGGAUGCAAUAGGGGGUUCAGGUGUGGGCUCAGAUCCAAGCUCCUGGAGCUGCUGCUGCUCCCUUAACUGCUGCUAAAACUCAUGCUGUGAGCAUCAGCUAACUGAAGACCUGGAUCAGGGGGAUUUAGAUGGCCAGCUUCUACCCAGCUGGGAUGCACAGGCCUCAGAUGUGCUGAGGAUGGUGUAAGCCUGAGGAAGGUGGCUUUUCUCUGCAGGUUUUGAACCCCCAAGGUUAUGUACAGGAUGUGGAAAGGAAAGGGAGGAGGUGAAAGAUGGGGAGAGAAUGUUUUCAGGGUGCUUCCUUCAAAGGAAGCAGCACUUCACCCAGGCACCAUCUCUACACAGACCAUGGCUCUGUGACCUUUUAUGAAGCCAUUCUACAUCAGUGCUCUUGCAGUCUCAACUCCCCACAUUCCUGCUCCCUUUCCCUUACAAUAGUGCCAAGUGCUCUUCCCAAAAUGAAGCAAUUCUCUGGCAGUCUUGCUGUCAGCACCAGCACAGCCAUGCUGAUCUUGGUUAGCUCAGGCUGCUGUGGAAACCAUACCUCAAAGCACUUAGCUUUCCUGCCAGAUCCCAAACAAGGAGCCCUGUUUGGCAGUGACCCACCUGGCAAACAGUAUUUAAAACAAAGAAAAUAUAAAACCACAUCAGAAACUUGAAAAUGACUUUAACAGCAAGAGGGCUUGCUCUUGAUUUUGUAAAAACUGGUUUUGACAAGGUCCUAUGCAUAGCCUGCUGUCUCAUUUGGAAUGAAUGCUCCUGAGCCCUCAGACAAGCUGUUCACCUGCAUGACUCUCAUGUUCAGUUAGAAGGCAGCCACUGAGUAGUGCUGGCUUUUACAGCAUCUCUUCAUGCUCCAAAUGAGAAAGCUUUAUUAUUCAGUAUCUACUUCAAGUCCAAAAAAACCUUCUCUGCUGCUAUUACUGCCUUACAGGGUAAUGCAUUCAUAAGCAUGAAUGCUUUUUUUCUUAAUGCAAACCCUGUGCAUUUUACUCCUCUGCCAGCAAUUGGCAUAAGUGUUUCCUCUUACUCACUGAUUCCUUCUCAAAAGUGCCAUUAAGUGCUGGAGCUCCUGGCAGCCUUUCUGGAAUAUCUUUAACAGCAUUCACAGGUGCCUUCAUUGCAGAGAUUCGAAGGAAGAGAGUUUUCCAGUGAUAUUCCAUGGUGGAAUUGUCUUUGAGCACAUGGCAUGGUUUGAGACCACAGCAGUGGCUGUUUCAUACCUUCUUUUCUGUGGUCAGUCAUAGAAUUGUUGGAAAGGACCUUAAAGAUCAUCCAGUUCCACUCCCCAGCAUGGGCAGGGACAUCUGCCCAUCAUGAGAUGCAAUGAAAACUCAAUUCUGGUCUCAAGGGGACACUUCCCUGCUAAAAGAGUAGGUUUUUUGUCUGGCACAAACAGAGAGACAAUUUUCAGAGCAGGCUUAGAAUGAAAUAGAUCAAUUGGAUCAUGGAUGUCAUGUGCAUUGAUCUGGUGUGGCUGGGGCUUGACUUCUUUCAUCAGAUUAGAGACAUGUCUUACCUCAGAUAGCAAUGCAGUGAGUGGAACUGAAGAAAGAGCUGGAUGUUGGGGAUACUUGCUGGUACACCUGGAAUUUGGUGCUACACAGACUGAGGGUUCUAAUAAGCCCCUCCAGUGCCUGCCAGGCAGUUGGGAGAGGAGUGCCCUUUUCCUCCUCACCUGUGCAAAGGUAGCUGCACCCAGCCUGCACCUACUCAGGUGCCAGGCAAGCAGGUGACCCUCCCUCACUGCUGUUGGUAGCAAAUAGCUCAUGUCUAGUGUGUGGGACAAGCCACAGGCACUGCUGCUGCUGGCAAACUUGGCCUUACCCUUAACAGCUCUUCUCUGUGUAUUAGGAUAUGUUUGGAAAAAAAUAAUAGUUUCAGAAUCAAACAUUCAGCAUGAUAUUAAAAGCAAAUAAAGAUGCUUAUCAGUUGCAUAUAGAAAAGAAGAAAUAAAGUAUAAAACAAACUGCAGAAACCAGGCCAAGAAAUGCUUCCAGGAAGGGAUCCAAGAGGGCUUUUUUGUGUGUGUGUGUGGUACAGAUUGUUUUUUGUAGUUUUAGCAAUGUUUCAGAUUUGAAGGAGGCUCCUUUCAGUCUGCCAGAGAGAAUAAAAGCUCCAACCAAAGGAGAAGUUGAAUGAUUUGUUUUGGCAUAGGUGAGCCACAAGUGUUCACACAGACAAUAAGAAAGAGGAGAGUGAAAGUUAAAAUGCUCACCAGAGACACUGUGACCUGAGGGAUGUGACUCAGACAAACCUGAGAGUAUAUUCUGGUAUAAAAUUGUCACAAAGGCAAACAUCAAACUGUCCUGGAGGGCAGAGUCAGGAAUAGGCUGACAUGAACCUUCUUAGAUGUUUGGUAGCCACAGAUCAGUUCAUCUGCUGAAGACCACAAUGCACCAGCAGAGCAGAUAGGGAAGGUGCUCUCUUUCAGCAGCUUCAGUUUUCAGCUGCUUCCAGGGGACCAGUUUGUCUCAGAACUGCUGUAUCCAUUUCAAAUUCAGGGGAAACUGAGGCAGAAAACAGAAUAUUCUUUGCCACACUCUUUAAGAUAUGGAAAACAUAAGGCUAAGAAAGGGUAGUUGCUUAGAGUUGAGGGGAACUACUUGUUCAGAGGAGGCAUAGGUGCUUGGUGCAGACACUGCUCCAGAAAAAGAUCUUCACCCAGUGUGAGGAACCUGGGGGGGGUUUUCCUUACCUGUGAAUUUUGCCAACCAUCUCACAAUCUGCUUCAGCACUGAAGCUGUUCUGCUGCCUGGGUCCCUGCAUCACCUCUUCUCUGUGGUUUCAAAAGUACCUUGGAGCCACCACCUCUGAGUCCCAGCCCAGCAGCUGCCACAGCCCCUGAAACCAAAAGUGAGCACAAACAGCAGUGAGGAGCCUCCAGUUCCCUGAAGCUGCUGGUUCAGGUCAACUGAAAAUUCUGGUAUAGGUGGGAUCCUCUGGAAUUGUACACCUUGAGCUAGGGUGGGAGGCAAGAGGGUUUCUUCAGUCUCACACACAUAUUGGAGAGUGUGCAUGAAACUGGUGAGAUCCUCUGCUUUAGACCAGACAAGGCUCUGGACAUUUGUCUUCUCUGCAGAAGUGAAGCAAUUUAAAGCCUAGAGUAGAAAAUGAUUUUCUUUUUUCUUCUCUGGAUUGAAUUUUAAAGAGACUUGGCCACACAUGUCUAACUGAAACCCAUAGGAGAGGUGUGGUCAAGUCCCUUAGUCAUCAGUAGAAAAAUCCCUUGCUGACCUAAUUCCAAAUAUCCUUGAUACUCAGCAUCAGCCACCCAGAGCUGUGGACUGCAAUGCCAUGGAUACUCAGGUCUGGGACAUUCAACUUCCAAGGAAUUGUCUUUUAGAGAAAAAAAAAAGCACUUUGGUCUAUUUUUUCCCCCAUUCUUUUUUAAUGAAUAAAUAUAUACUUUUGAUGAAAA